AUGGGUGCUCCAAAAACCAGCUCCCUGAAAUGGCUCACCAAAAACCUAUUGCUCAUCUUAACCAUGCUUGGUGUGGUGUUAGGAAUUGUUAUCGGAGGAGUUAUGCGAACUUUUGAACCAUCGCAAGAAGUCAUAAAAUAUGUCGGAUUUCCCGGCGAACUUUUUAUGAACAUGCUGAAGGCGAUGGUCCUGCCAUUGAUUGCGGCAAGUAUAGUUUCGGGGUUAGCACAACUCGAUGGAAAGACUUCGGGGAGAUUGGGAUCGCGGGCUGUGAUGUAUUAUGUGCUGACUACCACGCAUGCAGUUAUUGUGAGUGAAAAAAAAAUGAAAUUUUGAAUUUCAUAGAGAACCGGAAAGUGUGCACUAGAGCGUAUUUGACAAUUUAUAGGUUGUGUAGAUUUGAUAUCAGUAUUUCCUUGAUCGCUCAUAUUCAUUUCUAAAAGACCAAAAAAAUCAAAUAUUUUUUAAUUCUAUUGAAACCCUGAGAAUGUGCGAUAGAGUGUAUUUGAUUUUUCAAAAAUUUUAAAUUUUUUGAAUUUUAUUCAAAAUUUGGCUGUGUGCAUUAGAGCGCAUUUGCUUCUAUCGAAGUUUAGUUUGAGCUCAUAUUAAUUCCUAGAGGACCAAAAAACGUUUUUAAAUUUUAUUGAAACCCUGAGAUUGUACGAUAGAGCGUGUUUGCUCUUUUUUUGAAUUUCGUUCAAAAUUACGUUGUGUGCAGUAGAGUGCAUUUGUACUAUCAACUUUUUUUUCAACUCUCAUCGCUCAUAUUACAGACCAAAAAGUGUACCUUUCUUUAAAAAUGCGAACACAUGACAAUUUCUCAACAGACAAUACCAUUACUUUUUAUUAAAAACCGGUUUUUCUUUUUUAUGAAAGUUUUGUUAUCAAAUAAGACCAUUGAUGUGACAGUUCGUUUCAAAGAUCAAAAUUUCCAGCUUGGUAUCAUCGUCGUCACCAUAAUCCAUCCCGGAGAUCCGAACAUCAAAAAAAAAAUCUCGGGCUAG